AUGGCAGUUCCGUCGACAUAUAAUGAAGUGAGAGUUCAUCUACGAGAAGUUCAGGACGAUCCCACCAUCCAGCUCGACGAGACCCUCCUAGACAAGCUGAAAUUAGAGCUUACAGAAAGUACAGACCGUCAAGUCCCGGCAGCGCUUUUAACGCAGGUGUCGCAACUCUUGCCUGUUCUCCAAGAAGACCCUACUCCUGUCACUACACUCUGUAUCAAAGCUGCCGCCUACUUUAGCUUCGCCGAACUCCGCUCGGUCAACCCCCCCAUUGAUUUCAUAGCUGGCGUCCGUGCUCCAUCACCACCCGUCAAUCUCCUAGCCCUCACCCUGCUAAGCAAAGCCGGUCAUAGGCCCAGCGAUGCUGCCAUCGUUGCUGGAGAUCCCGAACUGGUUAAAUCGUUGGUAGAACUUUGGCUCUCCACGUCCUCAACCGCCGUCGCCCAAGCAGCUUUCGAUGCGCUCUGGGCACUCUUAGAGGUUGACCUAGCUAAUAAUCUGGAAAAUGGAGGGCAUCCAGAAGACUCUUCCGGUGGACAGGGCCUCAUGUGGAGAAGAGUCUUCACCGAUAGGGACGUUUACGGGCGUCUAUUCUCGUUCUGCUCGCUCACUGACGAUGGACCCGGAAGCCUGCCGAAACGAGAAAAGACGGUUUCUCAGGGAAGGCUAAUGGGUUUCCUUGUAAAAGCAGGCCAGCUGCGCUGGGACCUGAUCUCAAGCUCUCAGAUCGCGGACGUGGAAGCUAGACAUAAGAGCCAAAGUCUUCUGCAUUUUGCGGCCUGUGAAAUGGUCGAUAAGAACGAUGUGCUGAUGCAUAUGACGCAGUUGAAUUUCUUCCGCGAUCUCCUUGGAAUCGAAGCCCCUAAUUUGAUGUCCCACACCACUAUGCAGUCAACUUCCACAUUUUCCUCGCCAGCUCUUGAUUUUCUCAUUUCACACCAGUUGCAUAGUACUCUGUUGGGAUACUAUGUGGAUGAAUCGAAGUUAGAUCCCAUAGACCUCAAUUAUCUCUGCGGCCCUAUCAUGGCCUAUGUGGCCCAAUAUGCGCAGCUCUAUCCGAACCAUUUCUUACAAAUUCCUCCUGCGCUGUUGGAUCGCAUUGUUUCCCGCGUCGAUGCAUCCUUGAUGAUUUCCUCUUCGCAAUGGGCUCAUGGCCCCAUUCCAAGUGGGCAACUCAAUGUCCUUGCCUGCCUCCCGCGUGUAUUGCUGGUAGAGGCCAAUAGAAAAGGCACAAAUCCAGUGAUGGCGUUGCCAACAAACCCACCAAUCCAAGAAGUCUUUGAUGCGCUAGCAAAGAUUUUCCACGGUCCUCCUAAAGUAAAGCUUGCCGACUCAAUGGAGUUGAACGCAUCCGGCCAAACCGCAACUGAUUGGCAUAAAGAAGCCGCGGCGGCCCGUGUGCUCUACUUCGCCUAUUUAAAUCAUCGCCCAUCGCUCUGGGCAGAUACUAUCGCCGCAGCUGAUGUUUUGGCAAUGAAGAACCUCUCUUUGGCUUCGAUUUCUUUCAUGCAGGCCGUUGUCACCGCCAACUGGCACCCUCUGUCAGAGGAGGUCACUUCGUCCGUUCCUGGUACCGCUAGAUACCAACUUCCAUCCGAGGAACAACUCGGCCGUUUGUCUCCAGCUACCGAAGGAAUGCUGCCUUCGUCAGGUGCAUGGGUUGCUCUUACCCCCCCAGCUUUGACCACCCUAUUACCUUAUUUAUUUAAGCCACCACGGUCCUACUCCGAUUUCGUCGCGGGAGGGGCUGCGGACCCCCAGAAUGCUGUGUGGAAAGUGGCGACCGCCAAGUACGAGGUCUUGGUUGCCUUGUACAAAUCCAUUCAAAAGAUAGAGGAAGAGUUUUCAGGGUUUGGGGACAUCGUGCGUACACUGGAGAAGCGCGUAAAAGACGGCCCAUCGGGUCCUGGGCCUCAGACAGUGGCACAGGUCGAGACCGUGGCGGUAAUUUCCACUACGACCCUCACGAUGUCGCGGUUCGGAGCCAAGAAAGGCCGGAAACUCCCCGGGGCAGAGUUCACCUGGGAUACCACAGACCCAAGCGGAGAGCCAGACACGGCUCCUACUCCCCUUUUCCCGAAAUAUGCUAUCCCGCACGCAAGACCGCUGAGCGCCCGCGAACAAAUCCAGGUUGAUUUGUAUCGCACUCUCCGGGAACGGUUCCACGAUGGUCCAUACUACUCGAUUCUGGGGUCCUCGCCUGGUCCGAAUGGAUUCGUUAGCGCGCGUGCGAGCUUUGAUCCGUUUAACGGGAUGCCGUCUUAUUCGGGGAAAUACCAGAAGAAGAAGAGGCUAGUGCCGAAGGUGCAGGGGCGGCCUUAUGUGAUGAAAUUCUUCCCCCGUGAUCUUUGGACGACCAUUCAGCCGAAUUUCAAACCGGAUGCGGUCUUAGAUGGCUACGUGCUCCAGGGGGCGGCUAGUGGGAUCAAGCGAGGGUUCGAGGACGAUGAAGAAGAAGAUGAAGAGGCCAAGCGGAGGAGACAAGGCGAAGAAGAGGAGGGUGAGGGGGCGGAGAACGAAGAGGUAGAAGGGAAUAUCCUUGACGCAGACGAAGAUCAAGAGGAAGAAAUUGUGGAUGAUGACUUCGAGGACGAUGAGGACGAAAUGGGUGGAGAUUAUAACGCCGAGCAAUACUUCGAUGGGGGCGAUGACGAGUACGGCGAUGAUGGGUUUGGAGAUGGAGGUGGUGGCGGUGGUGAUGAGGAUACAUAUUAA